AUAGGCAUAAAAAAACCUACUGCUCAGAACUGAAAACAUUUUCUGACAAUGUUUUCCAACAAAUUGCAGUUAGAUGGAUUAGAAAAUGGAAUGUACACAGUAACUCUGAAUAACCUGCGAUUGUAUUAAGAGUUUAAAGUACUAAUGUUGAUUUAAUACUUUAAUAUCUGCUAGAACUUAAAUGUUCUUGCAUUUAUUUAUUAUAACUAGGCCUGCCACGGAACCUUCCACUCAUUAUUUCUUGGAUUUAUUUUUCUGGCAUGUACACCAAUGAUCUGCAUUUGGCAAUUGGUUAUUUUCUUGAGCUUUUCUGAUUUUAAUGAUAUUCAAAAUACGUGCUUUUGAUGGGUUUAUAUUCUUUUUCAUAUGGGUUAUAGGCAUCAGAGAAAUUGUGGUCGGCAUAUAUAUAUAUAUACACACACGUGUGUGUGACAUUAGUCUUACACAUAUAAAACAUUUGACAUCACUUUUAAUCCAAAACCUUAUGACAAUGCUAUUAUGAAUCUUUAUUUUUAUAUAGUGUUUAACUUUGUCUAUUAUAUCCAAUGUGAGACUUUUGACCCACUUGGAUUUUUCCCAGCAGCUUCUUCUAUUAUGUCACCAAUUACCAAAUUUAUAUAUAGCUAUCUAAGAGUAGCAAUAUCACCAUCAAUAAGCCUCCAAUAUCAUCAAAAUGAAGUAUUUUUCUCUUAUGUUACUUGCAUUUUGGUCUAAAUAUGUUCACCUCCUUAUUCUCUUUACAUUAAACUCACCAUGGUUUAUUCCAAAACCUGUUGCCUCUGCAUCAGAAAAUGAGACUGAUCACAUGGCACUGCUUGAAUUUAGAAAAUCCAUAUUCUCUGAUCCACAUGGAAUCUUUCUCUCUUGGAAUACUUCUACUCACUUUUGUAACUGGCAUGGAAUCACAUGUAAUCCAAUGCAGCAAAGAGUUUCAGAAUUGAACUUGCAGGGAUACAAGUUGAAGGGAUUCAUAUCACCUUACAUUGGCAAUCUAUCUUAUAUGAGAAACAUCAACCUUGGAGACAACAAUUUCUAUGGCAAAAUCCCACAAGAAUUUGGGAGAUUGUCACAACUGCAUAACCUUUCUGUAGCAAAUAAUUCAUUGGGUGGAGAAAUUCCUACAAACUUGACAGGUUGCACUAAUCUCAAGCUUUUACAUUUAGGUGGGAACAAUUUUAGUGACAAAAUACCUAUAGAAAUUGGCUCACUUAGAAAGCUUGAACAAUUGUUCCUUUUAAAUAACCAGUUCACUGGAGAAAUCCCAUCAUUCAUGGGAAAUCUUUCAUCUCUAACACUCCUUUCUGUUGGUAAAAACAACUUAGAGGGAUCUAUUCCACAAGAAAUAUGUCAUCUCAAAAACUUGACAGGGAUAGCAUUUCAUGUCAACAAACUAACAGGCACAUUUCCUACUUGUCUUUAUAACAUGUCAUCUCUUACUAUAGUCUCUGCUACAAACAAUCAACUUGAGGGCUCUCUUCCCACCAACAUGUUCCACACUCUCCCCAACCUUCACAAACUUUUAAUUUCUGGCAACCAAAUCACAGGUUCAAUCCCACCUUCCAUCACAAAUGCAUCUUUCCUUUCAUAUCUUGAUGCUGAUCAUAACUAUUUAACAGGACUAGUUCCUAGUCUGAGCAGGUUACAUGGUCUUCAGUUUCUAUCUUUAUCUGAGAACAACCUAGGUGACAAUUCAACUGAUGAUUUAGUGUUUUUAACAUCAUUGACAAACUGUAGUCAGAUGCAGGUGAUAAAUAUAGGCUUCAAUAAUUUUGGAGGUCAUUUGCCAAAUUCUUUGGGGAAUUUAUCUAUGCAAGUCAAUCGACUAUAUGUUGGAGGCAAUCAUAUAUCAGGAGAAAUCCCUUCUUCAAUAGGAAACCUAAUUGGGUUAGUUCUCUUGUCCAUGACUGAUAACCUCAUAGAUGGAAUUAUUCCUGCAACUUUUGGUAAGCUUCAGAAUAUGCAAAAGUUGCGUUUAGGUAGAAACAAGUUAUCAGGGGGGAUAGGAGCCUUCAUUGGCAACCUAAGUCAAUUGUUUCACUUGGAUGUGGGAGAAAAUAUGUUAGAAGGAAAGGUUCCUCCAAGUAUAGGAAACUGCCAAAGGCUGCAACACUUAGUACUUUCACGAAACAACUUUACAGGAACCAUUCCCUUUGAGCUUUUCACUAUUUCAUCUUUGACAACAUCCUUGGAUUUAUCACAAAACUUGUUGAAUGGUAGCAUACCUGUACAAGUGGGAAACCUAAAAAAUCUUGAUUCCUUAGAUUUGUCUGAGAAUAAUCUGUCUGAUCACAUUCCUCUAUCCAUAGGAGAAUGCAUAACGUUGGAGUACCUCAAUUUGAAAGGAAAUUCCUUACAGGGAAUGAUACCACCCUCUUUGGCAUCACUCAAAGGACUUCAAAGUUUAGACCUUUCACAAAACAGCUUGGGUGGAACAAUUCCUAAUGAUCUGCAGAAUAUUUCUGUCUUACAAUACUUCAAUGUGUCUCUUAACAAGUUGGUUGGUGAGGUACCAAAGGGAGGUGUCUUUCAAAAUGCUAGUGCGUUAGUGGUCACCGGAAACAGUAAUCUUUGUGGAGGUAUUUCAGAACUGCAUCUACCACCAUGCCCUAUCCAUGGUAAGAUACUAGCAAAACUUCAUCCAUUCAUGUUGGUAGCAACGACAGUUAGCACAAUCACUUUUCUUCUCAUCAUGUCAAUUAUUCUAACUAUUUAUCGGAUGAGGAGCAAGAAACCAUCUUUGGAUUCACCAGCAGUAUAUCAAAUGCCAAAAGCUUCGUAUCAAAGCCUACACAACGCAACCAAUGGGUUCUCAAUCACAAAUUUGAUAGGCUGUGGAAGUUUUAGCUUUGUCUACAAAGGAAUUCUCAGGUCAGAAGAGAAAGUUGUGGCCAUAAAAGUCUUGAACCUUCAAAAAAGAGGAUCUCAAAAGAGUUUCAUCGCUGAAUGCAAUGCACUAAAACAUAUUAAACAUCGAAAUGUAGUUCCAAUUUUGACAUGUUGUUCUGGAAUAGACUACAAAGGUGAGGAAUUUAAAGCUCUAAUUUUCGAGUACAUGAAAAAUGGAAGCUUAGAGCAGUGGUUGCAUCCAAGUGAAUUAAAUGCAGAAAAUUCAAGAACAUAUACAUUAAACCUUGACCAAAGAUUAAAUAUCAUGAUUGAUGUUGCUUCUGCUUUAUAUUAUCUUCAUUAUGAAUGUGAGCAGUUGAUCAUUCAUUGUGAUUUGAAGCCAAACAAUGUCCUUCUUGAUGAUGACAUGAUUGCUCAUGUCAGUGAUUUUGGCAUAGCAAGGGUUUUCUCAACAAUUAAUGGUACGAGUUGGCAGCAAACAAGUACAAUUGGCAUAAAGGGGACUAUCGGCUAUACUCCCCCAGAGUAUGGGAUGGGUUCUGCGGUGUCUACAGCUGGUGACAUGUACAGUUUUGGGAUUCUUAUUUUGGAGAUGCUUACAGGAAGAAGACCCACAGAUGAAAUCUUUGAAGAUGGUCAAAAUUUGCAUACCUUUGUGGAAAGCUCGUUUCCUGAUAAUCUUCUACAGGUUCUGGACCCAUCCAUUGUAGUAAACCAAGAACAAGAACAUAAGAGUCAGAAUCUUACUCCAACUGUUGAAAAGUGUGUAGUUUCACUCUUUGAAAUUGGACUAGUUUGUUCAAUGGAAUCACCGAAAGAAAGAAUGAAUAUGGUUGAUGUUACUAGGGAGCUAAGUGAAAUCAGAAAAACCUUUUCUUGCAAUGUAAAAUGA